UGGUGCUUGAAUGAGCGUCAGCUCGUUUCUCUCUGCAUCACUCCAUGGCGGUUUUGCGCCAGCCUUUACGGAGGCUUGGUCAAGUCCUUGAGGCGUGUGAGCGUCGGAUGCGCCAUGCAGGUCCUGCGAUCGCGUUUUCCUGCCCGCUGCUGGAACCAAGCUCGCCUGGGUUGAGAGUCGCGUCGCACGAUCCCUGCUCAGGCAUUCAGUUUCCAGCCGGCCGCUCUCUCCACCACACUUGGUCGCACCAUGGGGGAAUGGCCCACAGAUCCAUGCCAGGGGAUGGCCUGGCAUCAGGUGAAGCCGUCCCCAGCACCACUGGUGGGUGCUCAGCAGGGGAUCAAGACAAGGAGAAGCAGGAGGAGCGUCCUUCAGGCUUGCCUGUAGCAGAGCGGUGUAAGUCCCUGCUAGCAGCCAAUUGGCGCGCUCAGCUCACCACAGUGCGGGCAGACGCUCAGUCCAGUGCUGAGGAUGACAGUCCUGAUGCCUCGCCCGCUGCGAUGGCACGGGAGAAGCUGCAUGGGUCGUUGGUGCGCUACAUUGUGGUGGACGGCUCUCCCAUCGUUGCCCUUCUGCCCGAUGAUCCCCACCACGUGAACCUUCUGAUGGAUGACAGGGCCUCACUCACUGUGGGGGGAACUGACCCCCCUCCGCUCAUCCGCUCCCUCCUCACAUCAGGCCAGAUGCCACCUCGUGUUGCCCUCCUAGGCGAGCUUGUGGCCGUGGACUCAUCUGAGACGCCUUUCAUCCUCCGUCGCUUCGCAGCAAAGGCGGAGGCAGCUACAGCAGCUGUUGCUAGACUGGAGGCCGCCCUGCCGUCCCCUCCCUCCUCCCCUCUCCCCUGCCCCCCACCCCUAUCUCAAACUGGGGUGGCCGGUGGUGGGGGAGGUGGGGAAGUAGAGGAGGGAGCGUUGACCUUUUUCCGCAUGGAGGCAAGGUCAUGUCAACUUGUUGAUUUCAGGGGCAAGCGAACAUCACUGCCAGUGGCAGACAUUAAACCAGCUGCCACUGACCCCCUUGCCACGUCUCUCCUCCCUCUGCUCCUCGCGCUCAACUCCUCCGCUGCUUCGCGAGCGGCCUUGGCUUCGUUCUGCGAGGCCUUCCUGCAAGUGCCUGCUCGACCACAGACCACCUUUCUGUUCUCUGCUGAUCGCCGGGGCUUCAAUCUCCUUUCGCAGUCACUGCAGCCACCGCAACAGCAGCAUGUGGAAGAAUCCAGCCAAUCAGGAAAGCCGCAGUGGCGAGAGUUUCGGUUUGAGUUCCAAAGAGAGGUCACAGAUGCCAAGGGGUUUAUGCAGGUGGUUAGGGAGAUGGAGGAGGAGGUAAAAGCAGAAGUAGGUAAGUAGGGUAUGUAGGGCAUUUGGCCCAUGUUUGUGCGUAGGAGGCGUUUUUAAACAACAUUGGUUCUGGUGUUGACGUACAAUGCAAUAUUUUGCACCCUUGAUGCUACCUCGUGGAGAUAAAUGUCUCACUUCAUAUAUUUAGGAUAGU